CCAUCACAAUCAUUCGAUAAUGCGCAGCUUCUCCUAUUUAUCCUGCAGUCCGUCUCCAGGACCUCCUUCGAUCAUGUAGCCUUGCACCUUGAUAGGGAUCAAUCAGUUGAUGGUUAGAUUCAAGCCAUACCGAAUGCCAUGUCGACCGUCAUAGUAGGUUCAGGGAUCAUUGGCGUGGCCACCGCGUUUUAUCUAUCCAAGUCAGAAGCUCCCAGCUCGAUUCAUCUGGUAGAUAAUUCCGAUGUGCUCUUCUCGUCGGCAUCGGGAUUCACCGGAGGCUUCUUGGCCAAAGACUGGUUCAAUGGCGCGAUGCUCCGUCUGGCCCAGCUGAGCUUCCAGGAGCAUCAAAGGCUAGCCCGCGAGCAAGGAGGACCCGAGAAAUGGGGAUACCGGACCGGAACUGCCUUUUCGUAUAUCCCGGCCCCAGAAACGGCAGACGCCGCCAAGACCAUUUCUGGCGACUGGCUACGACAGGGAACCAGUCGGUCCGAGGAGGCAGCAAACUCGGAAGAGCCUGCCCAGGUUGAGGAGCAAGCGCCGGCUUGGCUACGGAGAUACAAGGGCGACAGGAUCGACUGUCUCAGCGUGGACACAGUUGCUCAGGUCGAUCCUGCGGCACUCUGUCGCUUUCUACUGAGCCAAUGUAUUGAUGCUGGCGUCCACCUACACCAGCCAGCCACUGUGCUAUCGGUACAUGCAGACAACCGUGGCGAGCUGGCCAGCGUACGGAUAGCCGAUACCAAGUCGUCGUUGGAGACGGAUAUUCCGUGCACGAGGGUGGUUGUCACGGCCGGCGCAUGGUCUCCUCAAGUCUUCAAGACACUCUUCCCCGACUCACCGGUUGAGCGUCUCCCGAUCUUUAGUCUUGCUGGAUACUCACUAUUGCUGAAAACUCCUCACUGGAAGGCCAACACUGUAGACACUGGGUUUCAACGAUCGCGUGCAGUGUACUCGGCGCGGAUGAGCGGUAUGGCACCCGAGAUGUUCUCAUGGGGUGAUGGGACCGUCUACAUUGCCGGGCUGAAUGACGCGGCCAUGCCACUCCCGAAAGUUGCGACCGAGGCCAAGAAACAAAUCCAGCCAGAGUCGGUGGAGAGGCUAAAGGAUACUGCGAGGAAGUUGGUAGAGGGCGAGCUCGAGUUCACGCGGGAAGCUCUGUGCUUCCGGCCGGUCACGGACAUUGGAACUCCUAUCAUCUCGAGGGUGCCGGACGAAAUGCUUGGUAAUGGCGUCACUACGAGGGGCGGAGGCCAAGGCGGCGUCUUUCUUGUUGCUGGACAUGGGCCGUGGGGGAUCAAUCUGAGCCUGGGGACGGGGAAAGUAGCCGCCGAGAUGGUAAUGGGCAGGGGAAGCAGCAUUGGAGACGUGGAUUUCUUUGCUCUGUCUAGGUUCGUCUAAAGAUUUCGGAGACGCGAAUUUGGGGAAAGACAAGGGCUCUCGCCCUCCGAGGUUCGCUGAUGGCAAAGCUUCUCCAAUUAUGAUGCAAUGACAAAGAAAGACCCUUGAAGGCGGUUCAAGGAACAUGACUCGAGCAACAAUGGGAAAACAUCGGAAGUUAGCUUGGGUAGGUAAGGUAGGUAGAUAGCUAAUUACCCAGCUAGCUGGCCUUGGUGGAGAUGGUUCUUUAAACCCCGCACGCUGAUAUAUGGGGUAUAAAAGUGCCAAGGCUGGCUAAUAGUACCGUCAGCCGUAUAGCAAAGCAGAUAAGAGCCUUAUGAGACUUGAUGUUGAUCGUAAACAUGGGUUUUCUCCACUAUACAGAGCGUAUUGCUAUCAUGGUGCCUUUAAUCAAGGACACUGUCUCCUAUCAUGAGUUCCAUCAGCACCGGGUUGCUAUGCGACAUUUU